UCACUGCAACGUCGUAGAAAAGUGACAGGACCACGGCAACGUGCUACGUUCGACGGCAAACCGCCAGCAAGUUUCAUAAAUUCAAGAAAUGUUUCAGUCGCUAUUCGAUGCAGUGUCAUUUCGGGAUAAUGUAACUUUGUGCGCACGUGAAUCAGCCGAACACAGUUUGAAAUUCAAUUGGACAAAGAAGUUAUUCGAUAAGAUUUGAAGGCAGACGGUAGGAGGUCGCCUUUCACGGACGGUCCAGACGAUAACCUUACAUUUUGGAAAGUCGUGGAAAAGAGGUGUUCAACAUAGCGGAAAUGGAGAAUAAUAAAUUCGAGAUGUCCGCGAACAUGUCGGUGUACAGUGCGCGAACAGGACUUUCGUCGAUUUUGAAAACUUAUUCGACGGUGGAGCGUGAGAAGGCCAAGGCUGCGGUCAUCAACAAGGUUCGGUUUGAGAUGCCCAAGGAGCAUGGCGUGGCAGGGGCUAUAGAGGCUGUACUGAAUUAUAAUGAUUACAUGAUUUACAAUGAAUUCGUGUCGUUUCUGAAGGAGUCAUCUUUGACGGAUGCCGAUUUUGAACGGGUGAUAUCUGAAGCUCGAGAAUCAAUAAAUCUUCUAACGCCAAAAUUUUCAACUCUAGUCGAAGCUCUAAUUUCGCUUGACUGGCAGGACCGGAGUGAAAUUCUCAUCAAAAAUUAUAUUGAAUUCUACGUUGAUCUACUGGUCGCGCAUACAAAAUAUGUUCACUUCGGAAUCUCACACUUAAUUUCAUAUUGGAUUCCUCAGGACAAAGAUGAAGAAAAUUGGCCUAAAGGUGUUCCAUCUGCCGCGGCAAGUAAACGACUGGAAAUUGUUCAUCAAGUCAUAAGGCGACUGAUGACAAUUAUGCCAAUGAGCUUUGAUGUUGUUUUGGAGACGAUAGAAAAGUCAUUCCCCUACUACAAGAAACCGCCACAUGUGAUUGGCGGUUAUGUUCAUAAUAUACUCACGAUGAUGAAAUAUAAACUAAUUUCAUGCAAUUUUUCAAUUCAUCUGCUGUUUAGAAAACUAUUGGAACUCGACGCUAAUGCUCCACGAGCUGAUAUUGAAGAUGCAGAGUAUGAAGACGAAGAGAUGGACGAUGGCGGCGAAGAAAUGUUUCAAAUUGAUAUGGAAAAUGAAAAAGCAGCUGAACAAACGAUGAAGCUUCCAGUGGCAGAAACCUUGGAUAUUUGCUUAGAAAAACUGUUUUGCUUCAUCGAAACCCUAGCUAAAGAAUCGUCCCGUAGUAGUAACAGCACCAACAGUUCCACGAAAAAUAAUGUGCUAAAUACAAACUCCUGUUUUAAUUUAUUAUUGAGUGCGUUCGAAGACAUCAUUCUGCCUAGUCACAACACGCACCAUGUUCAAUUUUUACUUUUCUAUCUUUGUAGUUUAAAGAAUAUUUUAGCUGAAAAGUUUUUAUCCAAUAUGUGGAGUAAAGUCAUAAAUCCUAAUGUAUCGGCUCCUAUAAGACAAUCGGCCGUGGGGUAUAUAGCCAGCUUCUUAGCCAGAGCGAAAUUUGUAUCGAAGGAUACAAUACAAAACUAUCUCUCUGAAAUGUCUACAUGGGUGCAUCAGUACAUCCAGCGUUCCGAUUCCGUACAAUCGAAUUGUUCUCUCAAGGCCAACUUAGUAUUCUUCUCUGUAUGCCAGGCAAUUUUCUAUGUAAUUGCAUUCAGAAGUCGAGAUUUAACGCACGACAAAAAGGGUUUACUAUUUUUACAAUCUCUUCAACUAUCGGCAAUUGUUGGAUGCACAUUCAACCCGCUCCGAGUAUGUCUACCAGCUGUAGCGACGGCCUUCGCAGGAGUAACACGAGCUUAUCAAUUAGCCUAUUGUCAUGCGAUUUUAGAGCGAAAUGCCAGGCGAAAGUUGGCAACGGUUUAUGCAAAUGAAAUUUCAACGCCGGAAGAGUGUUUGGAGACGUUUUUCCCGUUUGAUCCGUAUUUAUUAAAAAAAUCUACUAGGUUCAUAACGCCAAUAUACUUACAAUACCAAGCUAGUGAAGCAGAGGAGUGCGAUCCUCAUCAAUCGGAAAGUCCGCGACGAAAACGGAAGGACUCCGUCAUGUCUCACAUGGCAUCAGAUGAUGUCGAUGAUUUUCUAGCAGAUAAAAAACAACGAUUAUGUGAUAUAUCUAAGAGUUAUGAAAAAGAAAUGCAGUUUACAUAUGGAUUGUCCCCCGGAUUUCAUGUAUGAGCCGCCGCACCCAGAUGCGAUUGAAGAUGGACAAAAGUCGAUUAGUGAUGAAUUAAGAAAUUUGGACUGAAUGAGUAUUUGAAAAUAUUGAAUGCGGCAUGAAAUGUGCCCUAAAACUUAAAAUAUUGUUAGAGAAUAAUGAGCGACUGAAUUGUAA